ACCCUCUGCCCUCGUGCACUCACCACGCGCUGACAGGCCAUCCGAGCAUCGACCCGGGGGUCGCCACUACGGAAAUGCGGAAUCGUUUGGCGUGCGCUGGUACCGCGCUUGCACGCGCCUGUCGCGAAGCGGAUGCUUCUCGUAUCGUUGCCUUCACUACCCGCAGGUAUAUAUUCGUCGCACCUCAGGGUCGCGCGCCCGCAGCUUGAAUGGUCGCCACGUCACACCAGCACACCUCGUCGCCCCUUCGCAAGGCCUGCGCCGGUGACCAGAGCGCUUGCGGGUUGGUGUCAAAGGGAAUGCGAUCACAGUCGACGCUGCAAUAUCGAAUCUCUCCCCCCGUCAUCGUCCAGGACUGGCUCUAACCCGAUUAGGUCGAAAUGGCACUCCUCCAAACAGAGACAACACAUGCAUCACCCAUCAUCUUCCCCGCCGAACUCGUGGGCAAAAAGGUGCUUCUCGCGACCGAAUCUCUUGGCCCCGUCAAUGGAGUGUCACGAACGACACAGUCGCUUGUCGACUACCUGAGAAGCAAUGGAGUGCAUGUGGCAACGUGUGCGCCAUUCUACAAGGGACAGCCCAUCAAUCCGACAGAGGCCAAGCAACAGCGGAAACCAAUUGUCAACAAGGAAUGGGUGCGAUCGAUCGAAGCAAAGUCAUCCGCCCUGGGCUCGCGAGCGAUAGGAGGAGCAUGGUCCUGGCACUUUGACCGUGAUGAUCAGUCCAAGCUUCAGACAACACACCCACAGCCGGCUGCUCAAUCCGGCGUCUCGCCAGUGGCAUCGCGGAGAUCUGCCGAACAAGCAAAACGCAGGGUGGAGGCGACGAAAUUGAGUCGACAGAAUCCCGAGCACCGUCUGCAAGGUUUCCCACUCCCAUACAACCCCGAUCUCACCGUCGCCUACCCCUUCCGCCUGGGAGCUAUAUACGACAAGACGUUCAAACCCGACCUCAUCUAUCUUGCCAGCCCGGCGUCAGUGGGCUUUCAAUUCCUCGUCCAACUUGGCCAGCUGGAUAACCCGCCACCUACCCUGCUCAACUUCCAGACCGAUCUUGCCGCAUAUUCUGCCAUUCUCUUUCCUCCGCCGCUAGAUCGCUACGGGGUGUAUCUGCUUUCUAUCGUUCAAGGUUACCUCUUUGGACUCCCUGCCGUGCGUACCAUCUUCUAUCCCUCCGGCUACGUUCGCGAAUAUCUCGCCAAGACUGGUGCUCCUUCCGACAUCAUGAAACAGCUCGGACGUGGCGUCGAUACCGAAUUAUUCCAUCCCGGCCGUCGUGAAGAGGCCUACCGGGAAGAGAUUGCGAGCAAGGAUGAGAUUGUGUUUUGUUGCAUUUCACGACUUGCUCCGGAGAAAGGCUUUGAGUUCCUGGCGCAAGUCGCUCAACGUCUGGAUGAGACCGGGCUCAAUUUCAAGCUUUUGAUUGUCGGCGGGAACAAAAACCCAAGCGUCGAUGGGGAAGUCCGCGAUUACUUCAAAGCACUCAAGCACCGCGUCGUCUUUACUGGCUUCCUGCGCGGCACGGCAUUGGCACGGGCGUACGCCACGGCCGACGUCUUCCUACAUUGCUCCAUUACGGAAACCUUUGGACUGGUGGUGCUGGAGUCUAUGGCGUCCGGCGUGCCGGUCAUUGCUCGAGACGAAGGCGGUCCGUCCGAGACGGUCAAGCACGGGCGCUCCGGCUACCUCGUUGACCCACAUGAUCUUGACGGCUUUGUGAAGUAUGCGCUGAAGCUCUCCUCGGAUACCACGCUACGAGGCGAGAUGGCUGUGAAUGCUCGACAACAGGCUCUUGAGACCACAUGGGACAAGAUCAACAACCAGGUUGCCGUCACAUUAGCCGCUGCACUCCCCACAUCACCUCCCAAAGAUGAGAACUCGUCGACGGUAGAAAGGUAUUAUGGAAGCUGGCUGGACAUGAUGCGUGUUUAUUUUGCCGUUGGCAUUGUGUGGAUUUUCUGGGGCAUCGCGGUUCUGCCCAUGCUUGCGUGUGGGCUGCUUUAUGGAAUCUUCAAAUAGUAUAGACACUGGACGUAGACAUGUGAAUCCGUAGACGACGUGUCUGUAAUGCUCCUGUCACUCUGAAGAUGGCGGUUAACAGAAAUGAUGGGCAUCGACGAGAGUGGCAUAUCUC